UUAAAACUAUAAAUGUAAGGAGAGCGGACACGCGCACGCGUUUCUCAUUAUAUAGAAGAUAGUAGCUAAUUGAUGCAUAUCUUGAUGGAAGUCUGUUAAAAGUAUCAUUAUUUUCAUUUCAUGUAUGAUAGGUUGUUCUACAUUUCCUCAUAUUUGAAGUCUAAAUAGACUAUUGCCUGCAACAAAAGAACUCUUUAAAAGCAAACUGGAUACACUUGGCUGUUAGCAUGGAAGGAAGUCAUCGCCCAUUAAGUAAUUUAUUUUUUAUAGAAAAUAUUUCAGAUGACAGCUAUAUUAAUUCUAUUUCGUACUACUGGUCAAAAAUAGUCUCCAAACUGUAUUUCUUUGGACGUUUUUCCUCAGAUCUGUUCAUAAACAAUGUCUGGCCUUAUGUUUUGGAAUCUUUUCAACCAAAUAUAUGCGAGACGGAGAGAACCCUUCUUUACGACAAUAUCCAAUAUAUAAUUUAUACUUCAGAGUUGCUUGUCGGGGACCAUAAGCUACAUUGUCAAGGAAAUUUGACUUUUGGUUCAUCUAUCCCAAUCCCAAGUCCACCAUCUUUCUCUUCAAAAAAGCUUUGGUAUAUGUUUACUUACCAAUCUUUCUUACAUGCCGGUUAUUGCUUGGGUUUUUAUUGCCUGAUUUCAUUGUUGUGCAACUUCUUGUCGUUUUAUCCCCUCAAAAUGACCUUUUACUGCUAUAUGGUAUUUUCAGCCCUAAUGUUUUUUUGUCAUUUUUGGGUUUAUCACACUCGCAUUGACGGCUUAAGUAGUAUAUACCGAUUAACCCAUGCAUUACAAUCGUUUGAAGAUGUUGCUAAUCGCGUUUAUACUCAGAUUUGUGAGUUAGGCCAUCCAGAUGGCCUUGAAAGAUCUUCAAAUACCGUCGGUCAACAUAACCGAGUUUUUCAAAUCAGCAGGAAUCAAGAGCUCAUGUCCCGACAAGUUUCUGACCUUUUCGCGAAAGUACUACCAUCGUAUCAGGAGCUUCUAUCAAGAGUAUAUCCAUUUACGGCUCCGUUUUACCUAAGGGAUCUUCUACUCCUCUACAAACUGCCCAAUUGUUUUACUAGUACUUCAUCCCCAUUUUCGCUAAAACAAAAUCUAAACCGUAACUUACAGCGGAAUUCUCUGUAUUGUCUUCGAAAAGAGGCAAAUGAGUAUAAUUCUCACUCUAAUGAAUCCUUGCUGUAUCUGGUAAAAAGUUACUCUGAUUUAACGGUUGUACUAAAACAAAUCCUAUGUUGUAUACUGUCAUAUUCUGUACAAACAUUUCCUCAAGAAUGCACAUCAUGGCCAACUUUGUGUCAUAACAUUGAUAGUUUUGUUGCUACGCUUCGUGAGUUUACCGAACAACUUCAUUCAUUUUCUCCCUCUAUGCCAGAAAGUGGUGUAGUCACUCCAGAAAACGAGUAUCUUAAUCAUUCUAACCGUAAUGGAAUUGUGGACAUGGACGAUCUUAAAAAGAAAUUACAAAAAUUACAUUUUGCAAUGCUUGAAACGCAUGAAAAUAUUAGCUUACAUUUACAAGAAAAUUCAGACGCACAUUCGCAAGAAGGUGCAUUGAAAGAAUACGAUCACUUUGGAUUUCAGCUAAAAGGACUAAUAUCCGAAUGGGAAUUUUAUCGUGAUAUGCUAUCCCCAAUGAGUUCAUCCCCGAGAAAGAAAGAUUGAUAAUUAUACGCGCACUAAGCUCCGAGAUUCAAUUAAUUCCAUCGGUAUUUCAUUAUGAAAAUACUAAAUGCGAGGUUGCUAAAACUUUAUGUGCUCCUACUAAUUACAGAGGAGCCUGAUAUCUAUUGCCUUAGUUUUGGACUUGUGCUGCUAUCCUGCAUCCCAAGAUGCGAUAAUAUAAUUUAAAUUUACUUUGCUUUACUUUUUGUUCCAGUAUAGAAUAAGUACUACCAUGUUUAGCAUGGAAGUACUAAAAAAACCCUUCACUACUUUACUCUUGUUUAGACAUAUUUCUUUGUUUUUCUCUUCUUUAAUAAUGUUUUAUGCUAUUUUCACAGUCAUUGUUAGAUAUAUUACGUGGUCUUCUAUUUUUUCCUAGCAAGAAUAUAAAUACGU